ACUGUGUCAACAGCAUCAAAAAGUCAGACGUCAGGUUAGAUUUUUUUCCUGAAAAAAGCAAUUUUUAUUGCGUAAAUCUCUCCAAAAUGACUUCGGUUGUGCGCGCUGGACACCUGGCUCCAUACUUCAAGGCUACAUCUAAUGUUCUGACGAAUGGCCUGAAGCCUGUGGUCGCUGUUCCUUCCCCAGCAGACAAGUUGGUUGUCCAGCCCUUGCCCAAAACUUCGACCGUACAAUCGUUGAAUGGUGCUCUUCCCAUCAACAGUUUGAAGGUCAAGCACAGCACUCGUGCUGCAACGCAAGUAAGGUUUGCGCACACGGACAUCUCGUACCCCGAUUUCACUCCUUACCGCCGCAAGGAAACUCAGGACCCCACUUCGAAAUCUGAGGACAAUGUUGACGCACGCCAAUCCUUCACCUACCUUAUUGCUGGAGCUGGCAGCGUCGCCGGUGCUUAUGCUGCCAAGUCGGUGGUCACCCAGUUUGUGUCAUCAAUGUCUGCGGCUGCUGACGUUUUGGCCUUAGCCAAAAUUGAGGUCAACUUGGCAGAUAUCCCUGAGGGAAAGUCUGUUACUUUCAAAUGGCGUGGAAAGCCCCUAUUUAUCCGUCACAGGACCGCAAACGAGAUAGCCACUGAGAAGGCAGUGCCAGUAGACCAGCUGCGUGACCCGCAGACCGACGAUCAGCGCGUCAAAGACCCCAAAUGGCUGGUCGUCAUCGGUGUAUGCACACACUUGGGCUGCGUGCCCGUAGCCAACUCUGGAGAUUUCGGAGGCUACUACUGUCCGUGCCACGGCUCCCACUACGACGCAUCCGGCAGAAUCCGCAAAGGACCCGCCCCACUCAACCUCGAAGUUCCCGAACACAACUUCCUCGACGGAGGUCUACUAGUUGUAGGUUAAAGUUGAGUAUUAAUAGGCAAUUUAUUUAUCAUCCUAAGAUCCUAAGAUUGUACAAUAGAAGUCAAUAAAUGAUCAGUUAAA